GACAAAAGAAACAACCAAACAAGCCCUUCAUAUUAAUAUAAUACUUAGAAGCAAUACAUUACAUCCAAUGCAAAGUACUCAACAUGGGAAGGUUCCCUUUUUUCUUGUCCCUCCUACCCUUUCUCUCUCUUACAGUCAUCUUCCUCAGCACCACCAUAACACCACCAAACCCCGCGGCGGCGUUUCCACUCUCCACUGAUUCACGGUGGAUCGUCGAUGAAACAGGGCGGCGCGUGAAGCUCUCAUGUGUGAGUUGGGCUUCGCAUCUCGAGGCCGUGGUGGCAGAGGGACUUAGCAAACAACCCAUUGAUUCAAUCUCAAAGAAGAUUGUGUCAAUGGGAUUCAACUGUGUUAGGCUCACUUGGCCUCUUUUCUUGGCAAUCAAUGAUUCAUUGGCUAGCACAACUGUUAGACACUCUUUUAUGAACCUUGGAUUGAUUGAUUCCAUUGCUGGUUUUCAAGCCAACAACCCUUCUAUCAUUGAUCUCAGCCUUAUUAAUGCUUACCAGGCCGUGGUGUCAAACCUUGGGAAGAAUAAUGUAAUGGUGAUAUUGGACAAUCACAUAAGCAAGCCUGGUUGGUGUUGCAGCAAAUUCGACGGUAGUGGAUUCUUUGGUGACCAGUACUUCAAUCCUGACCUUUGGAUCAAAGGCCUGACCAUGAUGGCCACUUUGUUUAAGGGCACCACAAAUGUUGUUGGGAUGAGCUUGAGGAAUGAACUUCGUGGCCCCAAACAGAAUGUCAAUGAUUGGUACAGGUACAUGCAAAAAGGAGCAGAAGCAGUUCAUGCAAUAAACCCAGAUGUUCUUGUCAUUCUCUCUGGAUUGACUUUCGACAAAGAUUUAUCCUUUCUCAUCAAACGUCCGGUAAGCCUAUCGUUCACCGGAAAGCUAGUAUUCGAGGUGCAUUGGUACGGGUUUUCUGAUGGAUUGCCAUGGAAAAGGGGCAACCCAAACCACGUUUGUGGGCGAGCCAUGCAUCAAUUUAUGAGGAAGGCGGGGUUUGUGUUGGAGCAAGGGUACCCCUUGUUUCUAAGUGAGUUUGGGGUAGACGUAAGGGGUACAGAUGUCAUUGACAAUAGGUACCUAAAUUGUUUGUUGGGUGUGGCUGCUGAACUUGACUUUGACUGGGCUUUGUGGACUCUUGCUGGGAGUUAUUAUUUGAAAGAAGGGGUGAGUGGGUUCGACGAGGUUUAUGGGUUGUUCAAUUGGAAUUGGUCUGAGGCUAGGAAUUCAAGCUUCUUGGACAGGAUCUCUGGCAUCCAAUUACCCUUUCAAGGGCCAAUAGAACAACCAGGCCAACCAGGAGCCAAACAACACAAAGUAAUUUUCCACCCAUUAACUGGUCAGUGUCUCCAAAGAAAAUCACUGCUGGAGCCAUUGAAUCUAGGUCCAUGCACAGACUCUGAGGCUUGGAUUUACAACACACAGCAAAAGACAAUAACCAUAAAAGGAACUUAUUUCUGUUUACAAGCAGACGGGCUAAACAAACCAGUCAAGCUUGGUGUGAUUUGCAGUGGCUCAACUUCAAAAUGGGAGCCCAUCUCAGACUCUAAUAUGCACCUCUCAUCCAAGCUUGCCUGCCACGGCGCCCGCGUGUGCUUGGAUGUGGACCUCAAUAGCAAUACUAUCGUCACGAAUACUUGUAAAUGCUUAAAAAUACGUCACAAGUGCGACCCGGCAAGUCAGUGGUUCAAAAUUGUUAAUAGUACUAGAAGUUUGAAUGUGACCACGCCUUUCCUUCGAUUCAACUCAGUGUUAGAUUUCUUCAGAAAGAACAUGCUUGGGAGUCUCGUAGUUUUAGCAUGAGAUAGAGAAGAUAGUGAUGUAUUUAUACAUAUGGAAGAAAUAUGUGAAAAGAACAA